AUGUAUCCCCGCAACAACAUCCCGCAGUUGCGCGACGUGUUGGGCUAUCCCACCUCUCCGCCAACUUCACCGCUACCCAUAGCUCCCCCCAUAGCUCCUUCACAAACACGUCCAUGUUCUCCGGACACACAGCUCCACCGACUGCAAGCUAAUCCGUCUUGUCCCAAAGCCAAGCGCAAAGCGACUGCCGACCCUCCCAAUGGCUCUCCCAAGCGCAUAAAGCAGGACCCCUCGACCCCCUCUGCCACCGACGAUGCGCCCGCACCCCCCGUGAAACGCAUAGUCCCAUUCCCCGAGAAACCUGCGGUAAUAGAAGAGCGCAACGGAGAAAUCGAAUUCAGAGUCGUCAACAACGAUGGGGAGAGGGAGAGCACUAUUAUCUUGACGGGCCUCAAGUGCAUUUUCCAGAAGCAGUUGCCCAAGAUGCCAAAGGACUAUAUUGCCCGUCUUGUCUACGACAGAACACACUUGAGUAUAGCCAUUGUGAAGCAUCCCCUCGAGGUGGUAGGUGGCAUCACAUACCGCCCCUUCGACAAGGGUCAAUUUGCUGAAAUCGUCUUCUGCGCUAUCUCAUCGGACCAACAGGUCAAGGGCUACGGUGCCCAUCUCAUGUCGCAUCUUAAAGACUACGUCAAGGCUACCUCGCAGGUCAUGCACUUCCUCACCUAUGCGGACAACUAUGCUAUUGGUUAUUUCAAGAAGCAAGGCUUCACCAAGGAAAUCACCCUGGAAAAGUCAAGAUGGAUGGGUUAUAUCAAGGAUUACGAGGGCGGCACCAUCAUGCAGUGUAGCAUGGUACCCAAGAUACGGUACCUGGAGAGUGGUAGGAUGUUGUUGAAACAGAAGGAGUGCGCAAACGCCAAGAUAAGGGCUGUCAGCAAGAGCUACGAAGUCCACGCGCCGCCAGCACAGUGGGCAAAGGGAGAGUUGAAAGCCAUCGACCCCCUAACCAUACCUGCAAUCAAGAACUCGGGUUGGUCGCCUGUCAUGGACGAACUCGCCCGCGCACCCCGCCACGGACCAAACUACAACGCCCUUCUCCAUCUCCUCAACGACAUGCAGAACAACAGCAACGCCUGGCCCUUCCAACAGCCCGUCAAUAAGGAUGAGGUGUUGGACUACUACGACGUCAUCAAAGAGCCCAUGGACCUUGCGACUAUGGAGGAAAAGCACGAGAAGGAUCUUUACCCUACUCCCGAGGACUUCAUCAGAGAUGCUAAGCUCAUCUUUGACAAUUGCCGCAAAUACAAUAAUGAGAGUACGCCGUACGCCAAGGCUGCUAACAGACUGGAGCGGUAUAUGUGGCAGCGGAUACGUGAUAUUCCAGAGUGGUCGCAUCUGGAAGGUGAACUAACAGGAAAGUAA